AUGAACAUCACCCCCUCCUCACCUCACCUCUCCUUCCCAAUGGAAGAGACCCUCCCAGCGCCUUACCCAGCCAAGCUCUCAUCCUCCCUCUCGGCUCCUCACUCCCCUCACCCCAUCUUGCCCACAGAGAUCCUGAUCAAGGUGCAGGUGUAUGUGAGCGGGGAGCUGGUGCCCCUAGCCCGGGCCUCCGUGGAUGUGUUUGGGAACCGGACCUUGCUGGCUGCCGGCACCACAGACUCAGAGGGCGUGGCCACAUUACCUCUCAGUUACCGCUUGGGCACCUGGGUACUGGUCACUGCUGCCCGCCCUGGCUUCCUCACCAACUCUGUGCCCUGGCGUGUUGACAAGCUGCCCUUGUAUGCAUCUGUCAGCCUCUACCUGCUCCCCGAGCGGCCAGCCACCCUCAUCCUCUAUGAGGACCUUGUGCACAUCCUCCUAGGCUCUCCUGGAGCCCGAUCCCAGCCCUGGGUGCAGUUCCAGCGCCGGGCUGCCCGCCUGCCUGUCAGCUCCACCUACAGCCAGCUCUGGGCCUCGCUCACACCUGCCAGCACCCAGCAGGAAAUGCGGGCUUUCCCUGCCUUCCUGGGCACCGAGGCCUCCAGCUCAGGCAAUGGCUCCUGGCUGGAGCUGAUGCCCCUGGCUGCUGUGAGUGUGCACCUGCUGACAGGCAAUGGGACAGAGGUGCCGCUCUCAGGUCCCAUUCACCUGUCCCUGCCAGUGCCCUCAGAGCCUCGUGCCCUGGCUGUGGGCACCAGCAUACCAGCUUGGAGGUUUGACCCCAAGAGUGGACUGUGGGUACGAAAUGGCACUGGUGUGAUCAGGAAGGAAGGCCGGCAGCUCUACUGGACCUUCAUCUCCCCCCAGUUGGGGUACUGGGUGGCUGCUAUGGCCUCCCCCACGGCUGGGCUGGUCACUAUCACGUCAGGCAUCCAGGAUAUUGGCACCUACCAUACCAUCUUCCUGCUGACCAUCCUGGCAGCCCUGGCCCUGCUGGUGCUCAUUCUGCUGUGUCUGCUCAUCUACUAUUGCCGGAGGCGAUGCUUGAAGCCAAGGCAACAGCACCGCAAGCUGCAGCUCUCCGGACCUUCUGACGGUAACAAACGAGAUCAGGCCACCUCGAUGUCCCAGCUCCACCUCAUCUGUGGAGGACCCCUGGAGCCCGCCUCGUCGGGGGACCCCGAGGCCCCACCUCCAGGACCCCUGCACUCGGCCUUCUCUAGCUCCAGGGACUUGGCCGCUUCCCGAGACGACUUCUUCCGUGCCAAGCCGCGCUCCGCCAGCCGCCCCGCCGCGGAGCCUCCGGGUGCCCGCGGGGGUGAGGGUGUCGGGCUUAAGGGCGCCCGCUCGGUCGAGGGGCCUGGCGGACUGGAGCCCGGCCUGGAGGAGUACCGGCGGGGGCCUGCGGGGGCCGCCGCCUUCCUGCACGAGCCGCCCUCGCCGCCGCCGCCUUUCGACCAUUACCUGGGCCACAAGGGGGCGGCCGAAAGCAAGACCCCCGACUUCCUGCUCUCGCAGUCGGUGGACCAGCUGGCGCGGCCGCCGUCGCUCAGCCAGGCGGGGCAGCUCAUUUUCUGUGGCUCCAUUGACCAUCUUAAGGACAAUGUCUACCGCAACGUCAUGCCCACCCUGGUGAUCCCUGCACACUACGUGCGCCUCGGCGGCGAGGCUGGCGCCGCGGGAGUGGGCGAUGAGCCCACCCCGCCAGAGGGCUCGGCCUCCGGCCCAGCGCGCCCUUUUCCCCAGCCCGACCCCCAGCGCCCGCUGAUGCAGGGCCACUCGGGCGCGGGGGGCGAGGGCGGUGGUGGUGGCGGCGGCGAGGGCUGGGGGGGCGGGCGCUCGGCGCCCGUCAGCGGCUCCGUCACUAUCCCGGUGCUGUUCAACGAGUCCACCAUGGCGCAGCUCAACGGGGAGCUGCAGGCGCUGACCGAGAAGAAGCUGCUGGAACUGGGCGUGAAGCCUCAUCCGCGCGCCUGGUUCGUGUCCCUGGAUGGGCGCUCCAACUCACAGGUGCGCCACUCCUACAUCGACCUGCAGGCGGGAGGCGGGGGCCGCAGCACCGACGCCAGGCUGGUGGCUGGGGCAGCCCUGGGGACUGGGGGGUAA